AUAUGGUAGUGCGCACCAAGGAUCGUCGUAUUCAAUGUCCAUAUAACGAUCGUAGCAGGUAAAGCUGGGUCGACGAGAAAGCAUUUGCUGCACACACUGUAUACUCUUCCUGACCUUGACCCUACGAUAUGACCAAUCAAGUGGACGGCAAAGAAGUGGCGAAACAUGCCAGCAGAGAACAGGGUGUAUGGAUAGUAGUCCACGGACACGUAUACGACGUAACUGAUUUUCUCGAUGAGCAUCCUGGCGGAGCGGACAUCAUCCUGAAGUAUGCCGGAAAAGAUGCCACCGAGGAGUAUGAACCGAUUCAUCCCCCUGAUGCCAUCAAGGAUAAUCUAGAUCCCUCGAAACACUUGGGUCCAGUCAGACCGGGAACGAUGGUGAAACCCGAGCCUGCGCCUGCUUCAGCCCCCGCUCCGUCAGCUGUGCAGAUCCCCCAGAGCUCAAGUUCAAGCUCACCAGCACCUGAAGAAUGGGUCAAGCCGGACCUAGAGCAGAUCUUAAGCUUGCACGAUUUCGAAGCUGUCGCAAGGCGAGUCAUGGGAAGGAGAGGCUGGAAUUAUUACAGCUCCGGUGCAGACGACGAAAUAUCCAUGCGCGAAAAUCAUAAUGCUUACCAUAGAUUAUGGUUCAGACCGAGGAUUCUCAGAAACGUGGCCAAUGUCGAUUUCUCUACCAAGAUACUAGGCUUCGCAACUAGCAUGCCAAUUUACAUCACCGCGACUGCUCUGGGUAAACUGGGUCAUCCAGAAGGAGAGGUCACUCUGACCAGAGCGGCAGCAAAGCACAAUGUCAUACAGAUGAUUCCCACCCUCGCGUCGUGCUCUUUCGAUGAAUUGGUCGACGCUGCUGCGCCUGGUCAAGUGCAAUUUAUGCAAUUAUACGUCAACGCGGACCGAGCGAGGACCCGAAAGAUUGUCGCUCAUGCCGCUGAUCGAGGUAUAAAAGCAUUGUUCAUCACUGUGGAUGCUCCUCAGUUGGGACGACGAGAAAAAGACAUGCGGACCAAGUUUGAGGGCGCCGCGUCAUCUGCUCAGACUACAGGCGGUGAUAAAGUCAGGCGGGAUCAAGGUGCCGCCAGGGCCAUUUCAUCAUUCAUCGACCCGAGUUUGAAUUGGGCAGACCUGAAGGAUUUGACGGAAGCUGCUAAAGGGAUGAAAAUCAUUCUCAAGGGUGUGCAAUGCUGGGAGGACGCCGUGCUGGCUGCAGAGGCAGGUGUGGAUGGGAUCGUGCUGAGUAAUCAUGGUGGUCGUCAGCUGGACUAUGCUCCGGCCCCUAUUGCCAUCCUCCCGUCCGUCGUCUCUGCGCUUACAGCACACGGAUAUAUGAACAAUCCUUCCCGUCCAAAGUUUGAAAUUUUCGUCGAUGGAGGUGUGAGACGCGCUUCAGACGUCAUGAAGGCCGUAGCGCUCGGAGCAACGGCCGUGGGAAUCGGUCGACCGAUGAUUUACGCCAUGUCGACAUAUGGUGAAGAAGGGAUCUCGAAACUGUUACAAAUCCUCAAAGACGAGUUUGAAAUGAACAUGAGGCUCGUUGGAGCUAGAAAUAUUGGAGAGCUGGUACCGAGUAUGAUCGACACGAGUGCGCUUCACGGCGCAGCGAGUAUUGAUACGUUGUACGAUGCGAAUUAUGAGAGAAUCGUACCCGUUGGCACAAAAGCUCGACUCUAAGCGGUAGCGCGUAUCAGGGCGAACUUU